AUGGCGUCCCUCCCUAACAGCGCCGGCGCCGCCGCCUCUGGUUCCUCCGGCGCGCGCCCAGUGGACAAGGAGGUGGACUUCGCCAACUACUUCUGCACCUACGCCUACCUCUACCACCAGAAGGAGAUGCUCUGCGACCGCGUCCGCAUGGACGCCUACCACUCUGCCGUCUUCCGCAACGCGCCGCACUUCCAGGGCAAGGUGGUCCUUGACGUGGGCACCGGGAGCGGCAUCCUUGCCAUCUGGAGCGCGCAGGCCGGGGCCAGGAAGGUGUACGCCGUCGAGGCGACUAACAUGGCGGAGCACGCGCGCGAGCUUGCGCGCGCCAACGGCGUCUCGGACAUCGUCGAGGUGAUACAGGGCACCGUGGAAGACGUUGAGCUUCCAGAGAAAGUUGAUGUCAUUAUCUCAGAGUGGAUGGGCUACUUUCUUUUGAGAGAGUCCAUGUUUGAUUCCGUCAUUUGUGCACGUGACCGCUGGUUGAAGCCAGAUGGUGUAAUGUAUCCUAGCCAUGCUAGGAUGUGGCUAGCACCCAUAAGAACUGGUUUGGGUGACAAAAAGAGGGAAGAUUUUGAUAUUGCUAUGGAUGACUGGAGUCUGUUUGUUCAGGACACUCAAACUUAUUAUGGGGUCAACAUGAAUGCUUUGACAAAGGCAUAUCGUUCAGAACAUGAAAAAUACUAUUUGAAGUCUUCAAUAUGGAACAAUCUUCAUCCAAACCAAGUUAUUGGUCAACCUGCAGCUAUCAAGGAAAUUGAUUGCUUGACAGCCACUGUUGAUGAGAUCCGAGAAGUCAGAGCACAAGUUAUAUUGCCAAUCAGAAUGGAUGCUAGAUUAUCAGCACUGGCUGGAUGGUUUGAUGUUCAUUUUCGAGGUAGUGCUCAAAACCCUGGUGUGGAGGAAGUUGAAUUAAGUACAGCGCCAGUUGAGCAUGGUGGAACUCAUUGGGGUCAGCAGGUAUUCUUGCUGACUCCACCUCUAAGUGUGACUAAAGGAGACAAUGUUAAUGUUUCCUUCUCGAUGGUUCGCUCAAAGGAAAAUCAUCGACUUAUGGAUAUGGAGUUCACCUAUGAAUUGCAUGAGUUAUCUGGCAAGAAGCACCCAGCAGUGACAACCAAGAUGUACUUAGAGUAG